CUGAAUGGCCUCAGCGUAGUCCUUGACGACCCACAGGAGGUACAAGAUGUUGCCGUUCGGCAGCUCAAUUGCCUCGUGGUGUUGAAUGGCGACGCGCCCCCUCUCGAAUUUUGUGGUGUUGAACUCCCACUCAAUCUGUACAUAUUAAAGGUGUAUGUGUGCAUCUCUUUCGUCAGUGCAGUUUCCGUACCUCAUCGUUAUGAUUGACCAUUUGCAGGAUGCCAGCGCGCCCACCGUACGGGAAAACCGGAUCCUGACGCAGAGGGGGCCGAGUGAUGUCAGUGGCAGCCCGAAGGAGCCAGCCAUUCCUCAUGAUGGAGGCUGAACCAGACGCCGGCGGACCAGCCGCUAUGUUGAAGGUCUUGGCGACGCACAAGUUCGAAUCAUAGAGAUAUGCCACGUUGGUCCCGAGGGGCGCCCACAAAGUCAGCUGGUCCAUACCUUUCCCUGGCAUGCUGCCUCCAAGUCCGGUGUUCUCGCUGAGGACUGAUAAUACUGAGGCCACACAAAAAGGCAGCCGUUCCAUCUGUUCCAGUCCUAUGGCAUGUGCGGUCAUCUCUGUGCAUGGCUGACCACCUGAUGUGUUGGAGGUGAGGUUGCCCUGAUGCACGGAAGUAUCCACGUCAUCUGGGCCAU